CGGACGGUCAUACUCGAGUGCAAUAGACUCUGAAUAUUGUGUACGUGGACACUGACAUAUAGUAGACACAGCAUUGUACGGAGGACGCUCUCACAAGUAACUUCCUGCCAAGGCACUGGGCAUAUUGUGGACAAGUGAAUGUAAGUGAGGCAGGAGCGACUGGAGUGUGUCGGUAAUGCAGAUGGGCGUCGCCGGGCGGUCACGUGUUUUGGUGACACCACUCGCGCCGCCCCUCGACCGUGAACGCGCCUGCCUCGCUGGCUGUUGUUGACGCUGAAUGACAAUGCUCUAUGUGUCACUUUGAACAAUAGCACUGACAGCGUACCACCAUACUGUCUGCAAAGCGGAACUGCCUCAAGAUUUUCAUACUCGCCAAUCAUCCAUGAGAGUAUAAUCCCGACAUUACCCAAUAUGCCUGCCCCAGGCCAGCAGCACCAAUCAUGGCAAAACCCAUACGACGAGCCUAAACCCCGCAUGUCUUUGUGGACUGCGCAAGAGAUUGCUACCAUUGCCUCGAAACUCGACAAGCAGCUUGGCCCCGAAUACAUCUCUGCUCGCGCUGGCCCCGGUGGUCAACGCGUGCACUACCUGACCGCAGAAAAGUGCAUUACCCUCGCGAACGAGGUCUUUGGCUUCAAUGGCUGGUCAUCGAGCAUACAAAACAUUCAAGUGGACUUCGCGGACGAGAACCCUCAAACAUCUCGCGUGAGCAUCGGGCUGUCAGUCAUUGUCCGCAUCACGUUGCGUGAUGGGACCUACCACGAGGACAUCGGCUAUGGCAGCAUCGAGAAUGCCAAGGGAAAGGCCAUGGCUUUUGAAAAAGCAAAGAAGGAAGGCACAACAGACGGGCUCAAACGUGCACUACGAAGUUUCGGAAACGUUCUGGGGAACUGCAUCUAUGAUCAAGACUAUGUGAAGCAGGUGGUCAAACACAAGGCACAGCCUGUGAAGAAGUUUGAUCCCAACAAUCUUCAUCGGCACUCGGACUUCAAGGAGGAUGUCAAGGUGGAUGAACCAGCAAAGGCGCCUGCGGCACCAGCAGCUGCGAUGCCAGCACCACAGAUACCGCCCCCUCAGGCUCGGCCCAAGAUGGAGGCGUCAGAGUCGUUCGAGGAUUUCCUUGGAGAGCUCGAUGAGGCGGACUUUUGCGUGCCUGAAGACGGUCAUCCCGAUGAAAUAGUGCUUCCAGGCCCGCCUGAGCCUGCACCGCGACCCAUGCAGCCGAAUACCUCAAAUCGCCAGCCGCAGACGCCGAAUCAACCGGCGCCAGCGAGGCCGCAACAACAGGCGCAACCACAGCAGAAUCGUCCGGUGCCACCGGCACCACCACAUCAACAGCCACGCCAAGGGGCCCCUACUGCCGCGCCAGCGGCCGUGCCCGAAACCGUCGGCUUUUUCUCCGCGAAAGCUGUUAGCCAGCUUCCCGAAGCCAGUAUCCAAGGUGAGGGCGAGUCUCUCCUGGCUCCUCGCGGGCAGCAGGCUUUCAAUCCUAAGCUUGAAAGCCCGUCGAUCCGCAAAACACCCGGCAUUGAUCAUAGCGCCUCGAAACCAUUGUCUCGCAGCGGGCAGCAUGUUCCUCCGAGUAGUAGCCAGGCUCAGACAUCCAACGCCGGCAGCUUCACGCCAGUACGUCCGGGUCAACCGAGAACAGCAAAUGCGGUGAACCCCGGGCUGGACCACGCAAGGCGGAUCGGAGCGCCUGGAGGGCCGGGUAGUCCCCUUGGCAAUCGCGGGUCGUUCCGUCAGCCGACAAUGAUGAAGAGGCCGCAACCUGAAGGAGGCCGUCCAGCUUUGGCAGACCUUCCUGCCAAUGCGAAUGGCAACCCCCAAAAUGGGAUCGAUGACAUGGAUGCGAAGAGGCAGAAGACGGCUUGAUCAAAUGGUAUCGUCAUUAAUGUCCUAGGCGUUGUAUGGGUUAUGAGCAAUGUUACGUUUGGCGCUGGUAGUGCUUGGGCCAUGUC